UACAAGGCGGCCGUUCCAAAAUUUCUCUUCUUAGGCCUAGUUCCAAAGCUUUCUUCCUUUUCGGCCCAAGGCCGCCUUUCUUGCUUCCAAUCCACGCUCCAGCGCGGUAGAAUCUCUUCCGGGCUUGCUCAUCCUCUUCUUGUCACGAUCGAGGCGCGCAUUUUGAGGUGGGAUCUAGCUAGGGUUUUGUCCCGGGAAGAGGCUCGUCGAUGAUUGGGAGCUAGAAUCUCGUCUGCGCCAUGGCCGGCUCCUUCUGGGGCUCGAAUCUGCCAAACAUGCUCGAAAGCGAAGAGUGCAGUCUCGAGGAGAUUCUCAACGAGGAUGAUGUGCUCCAGAGCUGCUACCGCAACCAAGAUCUCAUGAAAUUCCUCCAGAACAAGGAUCGGAUGAAGAAAAUGAUCUCGUACGCCAUCGUAGUGCCAGUUCACGACGACGAGAAAUCUUACAAAACUGUUCUAUGGUUGCAGUGGCAGCAGUAUCUGAAACACACAGGAGGUGAGAGGAUAACAGCAAGAGGCAAAUAGUGUGUUCACCUGUGUCAGAGAAAGAGUGUGGCCUGAUUUUGAGAUAGCCUGUCCGUGGCAACCAAUUAGCUGUGUAUUCCCUGCAUUCACUGACAGGUCUUAGGUCAUGAAAGUGUUAUUUAUUUCCCCUUAACUAGAAAGAAAAUGAUGAGAGACUUUACCUUUUUUUGUGAUGCUAAAUUUAUUUGCAUUCGCUCAAAACUAAAUCAAUAUGUAUUUCUUAAA